AUGUCAGAGCCUCGUACAUCUUCCGUUGUUUCCCGCUCGAAUAGCAUCAGUACGCAUAGCCCAAUUCAGGAUCUCCACGAAGCGGACUUAAUUGACCAAGCUACCACAUCCGAGAGUAACCAUCAGGAACCAGAAACCUUUACUUCCGAUGAACAUCCACCGACGAACAGAUGGUCAUCGAUUGAGGAGGAUAAUAGUUCGACAGCUUUUGGAAGCACUACAGUUCCCUCACACAACGGAGACUUGGCUGAAGAAUGUCUGAACGACAAAGGUGCCGCGGUCCAUGUCGCAGGCCAUCAUCUUCAACAGUCUUCAGCCUUAGAAGACGCUCUUGAAGCACCCCACGAAGUUGCAAAGAAGAAAUCGAUUAGGCAAGCAUUAGUUGACAGCUGGAAAAAACUUCUCCCGCAUAUGCUUGCAAUUGUUGUCACUGCUGCAGUGGUUCAACUAAGCUUCCGCAAUGUGUAUUGGAUGGACCUCAAAGCUCCCCAUGAAAACAUCUCUCCAGGGCUUACACAAAGUGGUGCCCUCAACUUUCUUCAACUCGCUGCUAAGCUUCAUGAGCUUUUGAUACUUGCUUCAAUUUCUAGCAUUGUUCUGUAUGCUGUCCAAUCGCACCUCACUGGGCCGUCAGGCUUGCCUCUUGUAAUGGUCGCCAAUUCUUUUGAGCUUACAUCAGGACAAUUUCUGCGGCGGAAGUCAUUCUGGACUGUGCCGUGGUCCGUGGACGUAACUACAGGAAAGAAAUUCUUCUAUCUGAAAUUUUGGUUGCUCUCGCUCUUAGCGGCCGCGCUGGUAGUGCUGUCUGGACCGUCAUCUGCCAUUGCCGUCAUCCCAACACUCAAUUACUUCGAAAUCAGUGAACCAUUUCGCAGCCCGGUCUUGCCCUACUUCAUCUUCAAUCGGAGUACUGACCUGUGGCCUACAACUUUGUCAAGCGGAAGCUUAAAUUCUCCAACGAGUGGAAACAACUGCACAGACCCUUAUUCAAUACACAUGGCUGUCUGUCCCUCUUCUGGAUUUAGCGAAACCCUCCAGUGGAGUAAUUAUCUGUAUGAUGAGGAUACAGACCAAGGUUCCAACAUUACAUAUACUGACUACGGAGAUGAUACAAGGCGAGUAGUUACCACUAAAAGUUGCAACCGUACCGUAGAUGGGCGUGCUUCUGCAGUCGGCCUUCCUGCAUGGGUCAGCGACGCAUUUACAACGUAUUGGAACUUUGCUGCUGAAAACUUUGAAGGGGAAGUAUUGGACGCCACGGAGCCACGCUUAGAUCUUGAAAUCAAUAUCCUGGCACCAAGAGUGGAAGUUCUCUGCCAAGGUUAUGUGGACGAAGAAGCCAAUGGUCCUGACUUACUACCUCCAAUGGUCUUGCCAACUUGGUCCAACAGUUCUCAAUUUCCCGUCCCAGAUUGGACUUUCAGAUAUCCGAGGCUUCUCAACGCGACCAACGUUACUAUGUAUGAAGUACCGCAGGAUGGACCCGAAGCUCCUUCACUCGCUGUAAUUGUUACAAUCCCCAUGGUGCUCGGAGAGGUUGGAAAUGGCAGCAAUAUCACAUGGUUCCAAACGACCACGACAUAUGCGUGCAGCAUCUACUCUCAAUGGAUUCCAGUUACUGCUUGGUACGAGCCGCAUACGAAUGACCAAGUUGAAUACAGUAUUGACACAGAUCUCGGAGAUACUUGUUUGGACGUUCCAGCCAAUGUUCAUUUUUCGAAGAGCCCCAUCAAUACCACGAUCAGUCAAGAUUACGCAAACGGGAUAAAUCAGCCAAUGGACUAUCAAGAUGGGCCUAUACCAGCCGUGUUGGCACUUCUUUAUCAAUUUGUCUAUUCAGAUGUGCAUGUUGAGAACAGUGCUGAGUUCGUCUUCCCAGUGAGAGACGCCAAUGAUGUUGAGACGGUUGAAGAUGGUGCUAGGGCUCGGGGAAAAUUUAUAAGCACAAUCCUUGCCAGUGUUGUCACCGAUGGAUUAGCUCGAAUUGCCGGUGAUGCGAGGUAUCCAUAUUCUUCAUCAAUGUUCUUGAUGCCAAAUCGGUCAUCCGACGGAGAGCUCGAAGGAAAGUUUCCGCACUGGAGCGUUCUGGAUGGUGAGAUUAUCACUCUCAAUACUACGGACGAGAACGAGGUGAACAAUUGGGUCAAGAUCGACUUCUCUUUCUCUCGAUAUGGAUACGGCUACAUGUGGAGUGGGAGCCGCACAGCACAAUUCGGCAUUUCAGUCUUACUGGUGCAUGUCGCUGUGGCUCUUAUUCACACGCUGAUGGUACUGAUUGGGAUCUUGGGACGAAGGAAAACGAUGCAUCGGGCAUGGGAAUCAAUUCCAGAGAUGUUUGUUCUAGCCAUGAACUCCAAGCCCAACGAGAAGCUGCAAGAGACUUGUUCUUCUGAUGGCACCAUCAAGUCAUGGAAAGAAGCAGUGGCUGUUAGGGAGUCAGAACAGGGGAAAUUGGAGAUCGUUGUGGGAAGGCAUGAUAUUGAAGUAACCGCGCCUCCAAGACGUGGCACUGGGUUCAGCUCCCUGUUCUGA